AAGUAUAUAAUUUUAGCAUUAUUAUAAAAUGUUAAUUAUUAUUAAUUUUCAAAUUAUCCAGUUUAAUAAUACACUAGAAACAACUAUAGUGUAAAUGCAAUGAACAAUUAAUUUUGUGAGGAUAGGUAGUAGGCAUGGGUGGCGAAAAUGAAAGCAAACUGUGCGCUGUAUGUGGCGACCGGGCUAUUGGCAAACAUUUUGGAGCCCUGGCCUGUAAAUCAUGCAAACCAUUCUUCAGACGAAAUGCCAUCAAAAAUAAAGUUUUCAAAUGCAAAACUAAUGGCAACUGUGAGAUCAAUUUGAAGACAAGAAAAUCGUGUAGAAAAUGUCGUUUAAUUAAAUGUCUGGCGGUUGGUAUGAAAAAAAAUAAUAUCCUAAAUGAAGAUCAAAGAAAACACAGAAAUAAAUUGGUUGAAGAAAACAGAAAAAAGAAACAAAUUUAUCAAUUGAAAGGAAAAAAAUCAAAUAUUGAAAUCAAGUCAAAUGAAAUCAAUCACUUAACUAAUGAGUGCUCCAGUAAUGACUCGUAUCAUAUAAUGGAUGGAUUCAAUGACAUGGCAUCACCAUCUGAUGUCGACACUAACAGCAUUAAAACUAGUGAUGAGUCCAGUAGUGAUAUGUAUGAUGAAUAUCACGAUUCAGUAAAGAUUCAAAAUAUUCAAAACAAUAUUGCAAUCAAAAUGUUGGAACAAAUGAAUAUCUCAAAUGAAAAGUUUAAUGUAAUCGAUAAAAAUAAUAUCGAAAAAUUACGACAAUAUUAUAAUUGUGGUGCACUUCCUAUGAAAGCAAUUGAUAGAUCUCCAAGUAAUGUAUUGACAAUUCAUGAGGGGAACCGACUAUACGAACUGUGCUAUAUAUCUAAUCUGUUUGCUAAGCCAUGUCCCAGAAUAUCGACUCUAAUAACAACUAAUAAACAAUUGAAUUCAAUUAUUGAUCAAUUCUGGGAACAAUACAUCCAAAAUGUUAUCGACUUUUCAAUGAAUUUAAGUUCAUUUCACGAUAUCUGUGUCAACGAUAGGAUAGCUCUCGUAAAGUAUGGAUGCGUUGAUAUAAUCUGUUUAAGAAUUAUUGAUUGUUAUAAACAUUCAGAAGAAACUUGGAAUAUAGUUUUGAAUAGAGAGCAAUCAGUGAUCGUAGCGAUGGAUAAAUUGAAACUUAUUCGUCGAGAUAUUUAUAAUAUUUAUAAAAUGUAUUUCAAUAAAAUCUUUUGCGAGUGUGAAUCGGACAUUAUUUUGUUGGAUUUGCUGACAGUAAUCAUAUUUUUCAAUCCUAACCGUAAAAAUUUGAUGCAUCCGGAAUAUGUCAAACUUGAACAAUACACAUAUAUGUAUUUAUUAUAUCGUUAUUUACAAUUGAAAUAUGACUCCAAAGACGUCGCCGAUUACAAGUUUUGUCGACUUAUGAAAACAAUUGAUGACAUUUAUAAUCUCGGAGAGAGACAAAUGGAGAUAUCGUGCAGUGAUAACCCCUGUCAUUACGGCCCACUGGCGCGGGAGGUGUUUGACUUGAAUAGCUUAUGCGGUAUUAAUAUUAAACAUUUGCGUCGUUUAUCAUAAAAAACAUUACUUUCAAUCAAUAUUUCACUUAUUUAUUAUAUAAAUGU